UGGCGAUUACAGGUCUGAGCUUCAAAGCCGGUUACAAACCUUACUAAUUGCAGCCUGGGGGAGCUGGUCGAGCAGGCCAAGCUUCCUCAAGUGGGCAAGUCAGGCUGCGGGGCCAUAGUGGGGUUGACAUUUGCAGUUUGAGGCGAGGCUGCUGGAGCUAGGGUUCCUGCGGGAUCAACCAGGGAAAGGAGCCACCUCUGGUGGCUGGUGGCAGUCCUCCCUGCUCCUGGAGCCCACGCCUCCCCGGAUCUGGCCCGCGUCAGCCAAGUCAGGUGGAAAUCUCCCCAUUCAAACCAGCGCGGGCCAAUCAGGGGCUGGCGCGCCCGGCCGUUCCAACGCGCGGAGCGGCCGGGGCCCCGGAUCCCGCCCGGGAGACGCAGGCGAAUGCAGAACAACUGAGCCUGCUGCCUGGGUUACCUGCACCCACAUAACCACCGCCUGGGGACAGGCCCUCCUGUCCUGGCCACAACAGGGACGCUAUGGAGCGCUCCCUGCACCGCGUCUCCCUCGGGAGCCGGCGCGCCCACCCGAACUUGUCCUUCUAUCUCACCACCUUUGGUCAGCUGAAACUGUCCAUUGAUGCCCAGGAUCGGGUUCUGCUGCUGCACAUUAUAGAAGGUAAAGGCCUGAUGAGCAAGGAGCCCGGCAUCUGUGAUCCCUAUGUAAAGAUUUCUUUGAUCCCGGAAGACAGCCAGCUAUGCUGCCAGACGACUCAGAUCAUUCCAGACUGCAGAGACCCAGCUUUCCACGAGCACUUCUUCUUUCCUGUCCCAGAGGAGGGUGAUCAGAAGCGUCUUCUGGUGACAGUGUGGAACCGGGCCAGUGAGACCAGGGAGCAUACGCUCAUUGGCUGCAUGAGCUUCGGGGUGAGGUCUCUCUUGACGCCUGAUAAGGAGAUCAGUGGCUGGUACUAUCUACUAGGGGAGGACCUGGGUCGGACCAAGCACCUCAAGGUGGCUAGGCGACGGCUCCAGCCCCUGAGAGACAUGCUGUUGAGAAUGCCAGGAGAGGGGGACCCUGAGAAUGGGGAGAAACUCCAGAUCACCAUCCGGAGGGGCAAAGACGGCUUUGGCUUCACCAUCUGCUGUGACUCUCCGGUCCGGGUCCAGGCUGUGGAUUCUGGGGGCCCAGCAGAGAGGGCGGGGCUGCAGCAGCUGGACACAGUGCUACAACUGAAUGAGAGGCCCGUGGAGCACUGGAAAUGUGUGGAGCUGGCACACGAGAUCCGGAGCUGUCCUAGCGAGAUCAUCCUACUCGUGUGGCGUGUGGUCCCCCAGAUCAAGCCAGGGCCAGAUGGCGGAGUCUUGCGGCGGGCCUCCUGCAAGUCCACACAUGACCUUCUGUCACCCCCCAACAAGAGGGAGAAGAACUGUACUCAUGGGGCCCCAGUGCGUCCAGAGCAGCGCCACAGCUGCCACCUGGUGUGUGACAGCUCUGAGGGUCUACUGCUUGGUGGCUGGGAGCGCUACACUGAGGUGGGCAAGCGCGGCGGCCAGCAUACCCUGCCUGCACUGUCCCGGGCCACCACUCCUACUGACCCCAACUACAUCAUCCUGGCCCCACUGAAUCCUGGAAGCCAGUUGCUGCGGCCAGUGUACCAGGAGGAUGCCAUCCCUGAAGAACCGGGGACUACUACUAAGGGGAAAUCGUACACCGGCCUGGGCAAGAAGUCUCGGCUCAUGAAGACAGUGCAAACCAUGAAGGGCCAUAGCAACUACCAAGAUUGCUCUGCCCUGAGACCACACGUCCCACAUUCAAGUUACGGCACCUAUGUCACCUUGGCCCCCAAAGUUCUGGUAUUCCCUGUCUUUGUGCAGCCCCUAGAUCUCUGUAACCCUGCCCGGACUCUCCUGCUAUCAGAAGAGCUGCUGCUGUACGAGGGGAGGAACAAGACUUCCCAGGUGACACUGUUUGCCUACUCGGACCUGCUGCUGUUCACUAAGGAGGAGGAGCCAGGCCGCUGCGAUGUCCUGAGAAAUCCCCUCUACCUCCAGAGCGUGAAGCUACAGGAGGGUUCUUCAGAAGACUUGAAAUUCUGUGUCCUGUACCUGGCAGAGAAGGCAGAGUGCUUAUUCACUUUGGAGGCUCACUCGCAGGAGCAGAAGAAGAGAGUGUGCUGGUGCCUGUCAGAGAACAUCGCCAAGCAGCAACAGCUGGCAACAACGCCUACAGAGAGGAAGAAACUUCACCCUUACGGCUCUCUCCAGCAGGAGAUGGGGCCAGUCACCUCCAUCAAUGCCACCCAGGAUAGAAGCUUUACCUCAUCAGGACAGACUCUGAUUGGCUGAGCAAGCCCAAGGGCGGGACUAUGCUUCUGGCAACUUUGGGGCUUCCCCUAUUACACAGUAACCUCAUCUCAACUGGACCCAAAACAGAAGACCAAGAUGGUGGGCCUAGGGUCAUCUGGAGGGAGUGGUCCUAAGGGUGUGUAUGGACCUGGCAACAGGAGGAACAGUGGUAUAAGGGACCCUGUGGGUUUGUGCAGACUGGUACCAGGAAGUUCUGGAUGGAGAAGACUGCAAAGCGAGCUCCCUUCAGGAGCCUGUGCCUAGGCACCUUCCUGGGCACAGCAGGAAAGAGGGAGAGGGCACUCGAAUGGAAGAUGGUGCCUGUGAUCCAUUCCUGUCGGAAGACAUCUUCCCUUCCCACUCCUAUCUCAAAUGGACACAUUUACUUCCUCAGUCAGCAGGUACUGGGGGACAUCUCCUUUGUGCCAGGAUAUGUGCUAGAGGAUACUGUGCUCCCAUCAAGAUCCCAGCCCUCCCCAGUCCCCACAGGCAGAGGACACCAAAUAAAUCAACACUGAUGCAUGACCACGCACACGCAAGGCAAGCGUCUGUACCGCAACAUCACAGAUGUCUUCAGACGGGACAUUAUAUCUGGUCGCUAUGUGUGGGGUGUGAAGGGGGAACGAUACAGCUUGAGCUGAGGCCUAGGAGCUGGAAAGGAGCUAGCCAGCCAAGGACUUUGGAGAGAGCAUCCCAGGCAGUGGAAAAAGCACAGGACAAGAGGAGGAGGAGGGAGCAUGGUGUGCCGAGGAACAGGGAGGGGGAGGCUGUUCCAGCUGCAGCUUUGUGAGGAGGAGGAUAAGGCCAGGCCACACUAUUCAGGAUGUAGACGGUGACUGCUUUGUGCAUUCCUACCUACAGUAUGGAGCCGCCAAAGGAUGGCUUGAGGAAGGGUGUCACAGACUCCUCCUCCGGUGCAUAUCUACUACAUCAGAUUGCAGUUAGGAGGGGGCCCAUGUGGCUGAGAGACUGGUUAAGUAGGGCUCCCCUUCAGGCCUCCAGAAUAGGGGAUGAUGGUGACUUGUUCUAGAGGGUAGAGAUGGUAGGGAUGGUAGGGAUUGGAAAAGUAGGCUCUUGGGUAAGGAGUGAUGAUUGGUCACCCUAGUGUUCCACUGGGUCUUGCUAUCCGCUGGUGUGAGGACUCCUGGGGACUCCUCUGCUCAGGCCAGAGCUUGAGCCAGUGUUGAGCUUUUGGGAAUGUCUACGAGCACCAGAACAGUAAAGCUUAAUUUUCCCAAGAUGGGAAAGUUCACAUUUCCCCUGCUUCCUGGCUCUGUAGAGGUCACCUGUAUUUGUUCUACUGUUCAUUUCAAGGGAAGGAAGCUGGGGCCUCGCACUCUAAGAACUCCCGUUUUUUAUUUCUCUUUUUGUAGGGCUUCUGAGGGCUAGGGACUGGUGGGCAGGGCCAGGUGUAGCUUAGCAACCUUCCUGAGACAAGGUGAAAGGAAUCCUGCCCAGGCCCAGUGAUGAGAGCUGGGCCCACUCCCAUCCACCCAGCUGGGGCUCUGGGCUAGAUAGCUCACUCUUUUCUAACUGUAGAGAGCCAGCAGGUCAGAAUCUCAAGGCUGUGGAUCAGAGCAACGAGGGUCAUAUGCUAGAGAAUAUUUGUAGGAUUAGGUACUGAGGGCUCAGAGACAGAAAGCUGCAGUGAUGGCUAAGGCCAGAGAAGCCCAGACCUUAGUCAUAAGGACCUUAAGGAAGAUUCUCGUGCUCUUUUGAGUUUGCUAAACUGCCAGAGACACCUGAACCCCUAAAUGGUAGCCCAGGAGAGAGUAUGUCCCUUAUUUUCCGUUUCUCUUCCUUCUAACAUUGGAAAAGUGAGCAAUGCUAAGUUACCGAUCUGACAGGGAAUGGGGUGAAUCUGCAGGAAUCAGGCUAACGCCUAGCCCAGCGAGGAAAGACUGGCUUGGUUCCAGGGUUGUAUAGUACCACACUGCCAGCCAAUGACCAUUCCAUAGGGUGAAUCCGAACAGCCAGGUCUGCGCACACUACACCUUGAUUUCAUGAUUCUCUCACCUAAUAAUUGUGAGGUCAUGAAGCACAGGAGAACCACCUGCGUGGGAAAUCAUCAAUCUCUUCUCGCCUGGGUCUGGGGACCAACCUCUGUCCGACAGAUGGAUACAGAAGACAAGAAGAGCUCAGAAAAACGGAGGAUCUGAACCUAUCACCCAUCCCUGCAGAUGGGCCUGUUCUCCCUGUAAGCUCCUCCUGAGUAGAAUAGAUUCUCCUGUCAAGCUCCCAGGCCUGCUGGCUGACUGGGAAGAGGAAGGUACUCCUGGCAGGCCCUGGGCUAGCUUGUCCAGUGACUGUGGUGAGCCACGGCACCAUGGCCAUCUUGCUUCAUGAAUCAAUGCGACAAUUAAUUUGGUGUUAUGGGCCUGAGAAGAUGAACUGUGACCUGGUGGCCUCCACUCUUCAGUCCAUCCCAGCUGUUCAAGAGGACGGACAGCUCUCCACGUGGCCUCUGAGAGUCAUAAUCACGGGAAACACGGCCGGGCUCCUCCCUGCCACAUAAAUCAUGCUAAGAAGCACACAAUGACUUCUUUCCUGAUGGGCUACUUGUCUUGGGUGGUGUCUCUGGCCCAAGAGCUGGGAGGUUGGGAGCACAACCACUUUAUUGUUGAAAAGCCAUCUGUGAGAUUUGAAUACAAAGUGCCUCUUUUUAGUCUUCUA